ACAGAUACGUCACAAUAGAGAUUACGAGUACUUCGCCAAGCACAAGGUUGCAUCUUAUUUAGAGUGGAGAUCAGUGGUUGCAUCACAAUGCAUAAAUCAUCGGACUUGCAUUCAAGUACAUGUCGUAUGUGCACACAAUAAUGCCCAAAACUAAAUGCACCAUCGAAAUCAGCGAUCCCGGAAAUACUUAAGUCCAGCUGGACAAGUUUGUGGCACCCUCGAUUGCUCUGCUGUCGCAAGGGUUGUAGGAUAUCUCGAUGGGUAGCAAGAAGAAGCGCAAGCGUGAACGCCGAUCAAGAUCCAGAUCGUCUUCUAGUGAAGACACCGACUACAGUAGAUCUCGCAGGAGGUCCAGGUCUAGAUCCAGAUCCAGACGUUCAAGGUCUAGGUCUAGAUCUAGGUCCCGUUCACGCUAUGAUGACAGAAGGGAAAAGUCUUCAAGAAGACAUAAGGACAAAAAGAAAUCAAAGGAUAAAGAUAGAUCAAGAAAUCGGAGCAGAUCUCGUGAGCGUAGUUCAAGAAGCCAUAAAACCUCAAGACGUCACUCCAGCUCCCGAUCAAGAAGUCGCUCAAGAGAUCGAGACUAUUCUAGAUCGAGCAAGAAAAGGUCCAGGAGAAGUCGAUCGAGAAGUAGGUCUAGGCACAGGUCGUCAUCAAGAUCAUAUUCUAGGUCAAGGUCAAGAUCUUGGUCAGGAGAUAGGAGACGCUCAAGAAGUCGCUCAAAGGAGAAACGCAGUAGCCGUGGGUCCAGCCAUUCUAAGAAGGAUGAUCAUUCAAAGGGCUCUGCUGAAAACAAUGGUGAUGCUUCAACAAGCAUGAACCCAGCGGAGAGCAUUAAAGUUAAGAUGCAGAAGGCCCUUGAAGCUGCAGCUUCUGCUGACGCCAAACUGAGAGGACAAGGUGUUCUUCCACAGGUUGUUAAACCAGAAAACCUAACACCAGCAGAAGAACUGAAGAGACAAAAGAUUCUUGACAAGUUGGAGAAGGACAGCUUUCAUCCAAAGAACUUUUCUUCAUCUGCCAGCGAUGUCAAGGCUAAAGAAACUCCACAAGGAAUGACGUUUGAAGCAUCACACGAUAGUGCUAUAUUUGGUUCUUCAUUGGAUGGAACAGAAGUGACUGUAUCCAAGCAAGCUUUUACAAGAGGACCUCGCUACAAAACAAAGACCUUUACCAGUCAAGCGAUAUCUGCAAGUUCUGAGGAAAAGGAAGAAAGGUGGAUUAAAAAACUUCAGGAGAUGAGGAGAGAGCGGCUACAGGAGAAUCCUGCUCGUUAUAAGAACAUCUUGAACAUUGUAAGGUCCUGAAAUAUUUUUCUUCAAUGCUGGAAGGUCAGGAUAUUAAAAGCAUUUUAUUAACAAAAAUAAUAAUAUGCAACAUUCAUGAAGCACAUUUAGCCAAAUACAAAGUUUGUAAGUACUGUGUACUAUUGCCCCGGCUUUAAGUACAGCUACUGUGAUUGGGUGCUUGAGCAUGCAUACUGGAAAGCCAUUUUCUACACAUGGGAGGGGAGCGGCAAAUGUAGAUGAAGGCAUUGACAAAAGUUGCAGUUGCUGUGGUUGGAUUUGAAUCCUGGGCCUUGCGGUUAAAAGUCCGGAGACCUAUGCACUGAGCCACAACACCUCUUGUCAUGAACAUUGGAAGGUUGUGAGAAUUCUUGAAAGAGUUUUAGAUGUGCAUAUUUAUAACACUGUAACCACCAAAAGAUGAAUAUCAGAACUGCUAGAGUUCAUUGGGUAGAGGUGACAUCCGCAGAGAGAGUGAAGCUCAGUCAGAGAAUAGGUCAAAGUUAUCAACUACUCUUGUCCGCUUUCUAAUGAUGACAUAUAUAAUUAUGAAUCAACAUGCUAUGAGAUGUGCUGUGGUGUGUCAAGGGCAAUUCUACAUCAUAAAUCAGUCAUCACUAGACGGGAGAAUAUAAUGAGCUACUGAAAAGGACAACAUGACCUGUAAAAAUAAAUUUGGUCUGCGAUGAGAUGUGCUGCAAUGUUUGGGUUAUGUUUACAGAGUCUAUAUCCAUCAUCAUUAGACGGAACACUGAAACCGCUGCGGAUUUAGUGAUGUCAACAUAUAGCUCAUAUAGAGGGAAAUAUUUAUCUAUGAAUUAUGAUGACUGCUGCAUGACUCAACUUGCAGUUUGACAAGUCAGACAAUUCAAAACAUUAUGUGCUGUUUUUUUUUUAAGUGAGAUGGUUCUCGACUGUGUCGAAUAUCGCUUCUCAGAUUCUUUAAAAAUGAUAGUUUUCUUUGUUCCAAAAAUAGUCAGAUUGACAGAAUAAACCAUGUGACCAUCAUGAAGAUACUAUCAUGAUUUUUUUUUAAUGUGACAAAAAUGCGAAAAGUGAAAUAUACAAGUGUGAAUUAGACCGUCUGGCAUUAGACUAAAUGACAGUUACUGAAGCGAGUACAAGAUCAAAUGUUGUCUGGACUAAGUGACAAUUGGACCUGCUUGAUAGUAGACCAAGUAGGUUUAGCCAUGAUGGCGUUAAAUUAAUCUAGAAGUAGACCAUGGCCCGUAUUCUGAAGUCAGGUUUAACUUAGACCAUGGUCUAACUCUUUGCUGAAAUUAUGGGAAGCCAAAAGUGUCAAAAUUUUUAUUAAGUUGUAUGUUUUUUAUGUUUGCUGUGCUCUUUCCUGAUUCAUGGAUGGUGCUGACAAUCAUCUUUUUAUGCUUCCUAUACAAUUAUGAAUGAUUUGAGAGCCAAAUGAGCUGAAAUAUGAUAUCUCUACUGUUAGUGAUUAACAUGACAACUUGCUAUCCAUACUUAAACCACAACUUUAAACCUGAGUUUAAGUUAAACCCGACUUCAGAAUACGGGCCCAUGUGGACAAAGCUGUGUUUGAUCAUCAGUUAAUAGCCCUGUGAAAAAUCUAAAUUAAACUCACCCAUUGUAGAAAAAAAUGAGUUUAAACACAACUUAAAGGACAAGUCUACAAACAGAUGAUUUUUUUUUUAUUUAAUGAAGAGAGAAAAAUCCAACAAGCAUAACACUGAAAAUUUCAUCAAAAUCAGUUUUUUUUUUUUUGAAGUGUUGCCUGAUUUUUAACAAAACAGUAUGCACAUCCUGGUUGUUUUGGAAAUGAGGGGACUGAUGAUGUCACCCACUAUUUCUUUUGUAUUUUAUUGUAUGAAAUAUUCUAAUUUUCUCCUCAUUGUCCUGUGAAACAAACUUUUAUUCCUCCCUGAACAUGAGGAACUACCUUUGUUUCAAAUUUUGUGGUUUGGUCAAGUUGGUCCUUAUUCUCAAAUCUGUAAAAAUUGAAAAAUUGAAAUAUUGUAUAAUUCAAACUAUAAAAACCCAAAGAAAAAGUGAGUGAUGGACAUCAUUAACUCUCUCAUUUGCUUGUCACUGAGUUGUUCAAAUAAAGAAAAAUUUCUUAUUUUUCAUCCAAUUUUGAUGAAAUUUUCAGCAUUAUGCCCGUUUGAUUUUUCGCUAUUGAUUCAAUCAACAUUUUUUUGGUGGACUUGACCUUAAAAAAAAUCAAACGCAAGUCCUAUUUCCACCCAUGAUUAGUAGAUAAAUUGAGUUGCGUUUGUUUUAUUGCAACUCUAUCAACAGCAAGCCAGUUUCCAUUGUCUCUGAUGUUAUUCUGGAAUGUGUAUUAAAUAUAAAUAACUCAUGCUA